GGAUACUCUAUCAACCUAGGCAGAUAUUCUCAUUCUAGGUCAAAGCAGAAACAACAGGAAUUUGAUCAGGAUUCAAGUCAUUCAAUCAUUCAAACCUCAAUCGAAUAUAAUCAAUUCACAAACUCUGUACUUGGGUUCAUACAAUCAGACCUAGCAUACAAAUCUAGGGUU